AUGGGGCGGCUGUGCUGCCUGUACGAGGAGGUGAUCGGGAACCCCCCACCCAACACAGUGCAGUUGCCCCCACCCCAGAGACCUCCUAUCGCCAUCACCACCAGGCGCCAGACGGCGGCCUCACUCCUCCACGAGGACCUUGAGGGCCACCUGCAGGUGUUCGUCGAUGGCUCCGUGGUCCCCGACACAGGCUCGUCGACGGCGGCGUGCAUCAUACCUGCCCUGCAGAAGAGUAGGCAGUGUCGCCUUCCAGCCCAUGCGAGCUCCACAGCAGCGGAGGUAGCAGGCCUCCACCUUGCUGUCGACCUGCUCACAGAGGAACCCCCAGAGACUCCAGCAGCAAUCUUCUGCGACUCCAAGGCAGCCCUCUUGAGCCUGCAGAGGCCGGAGAGGGCGAGCCUGGGGGUCGCCCUCCUCUCAACGCGACUGGCGGCACUACAGGAUGCAGGUUGCCCGGUGUCCCUGCACUGGAUCCCUGCUCAUGUAGGCAUCCCGGGCAACGAGGAGGCUGAUGCCCUAGCCAAGAGUGCCCACCACGGUGACGUCCCCUUGAGUGCGGCAGUCACAGCCGCGGACUUCACGAGGCUCCGGCUUCAGCGGCAUCUCCAGGUGUCCCAUCCUGACAAGCGCGUGUCCUUGGGACACCCCCCACGGCAGCUACCGCAACGCGGCCUUGCACGGAGGGAGAGUUUGCUGCUACUCCGGCUGAGAAUCGGCUGUUGCUGGACAGCCGCACGACGCCAUCGGCUUGGCCUCAUCACCUCACCUGCCUGUGCCUCCUGUGGUGAGCCAGAGACACUGGAGCACCUCCUGCUGGCCUGCCCGGCACACAACCAACCCCGUGGACUGCUCCUGCAGGAGUUUCGCCGCCUUGGACUUCCCACCACACGACAGGAGGACAUCCUCUUCCCCCGUCGAAACCACCUCCCGGCCCUGCUCAGCGUAGUUGAGUACCUGGACUCGUCAGGGCUCUCAACAACUCUCGAACACCGCCAGCACACAUGGAUGACCUUGCGGCCAUCCAUGGGUGCUGGCUCCUUUCUUUGCAGGCCCUCCGGCCCUGCCCCACCACCAGUGGCGUAG